GACCUGCUGUAGCAGCUCUGACUCUUGUGUCGGGCAGUUGUAACCACGGAUGCCUCCAGUGUCAAUGGGAGAAAUUGACUUGAACGUAUUUCAUUUGUCUGUGUUAUUUCAAAAAAAAGGGGAGAAAAAAAGGCUUUCACUUCCUCCACAAUUUAAACCUCGGCUGCCUUUGAGCAGUCGAGUCGGCUGUUUUUCGCAGACGCCGUUUUCCCAAUGGCCUGCAGCCAUUUAAACUUGUAUUUGUGUUUUCAUUUGUGUCUUCUUCGCUUGACCCGCACGCUGCGCACACUGUUGCGCGCGCGUGCCAUGCUGUCAUGAUGGAGCCCUUCUGACCGUCCCGUCGGAACGAGACGCCGACGGCGGCUUCCUGCGCAAAACUUGCUCCAAAGUUCUCUUUAUGGCGUUUCGAAAUGUCGGACUCCGACCCGAGGAACGAGAGCCACUCCGGGGUCUACUUCGCCGACGCGUCCAACGGAUCCGCGCGCGGCCGCACGUUUCCCGGCGACAGCAACUCGACGUGCGGGAACUUCGCGCUGGACGCGCGGGCCGUCGCGGUGGGGGUCGUGCUCUCCGUCUUCAUCCUGGUCGCGAUCGUCGGCAACAUCCUGGUCAUCCUGUCCGUGGUGUGCAACCGACACCUGCAGACGGUCACGAACUUCUUCAUCGUUAACCUGGCCAUCGCCGACCUGCUGCUGAGCGUCAUCGUGCUGCCCUUCUCCGCGUCGCUGGAGGUGCUGGGGUGCUGGGUGUUCGGCCGCGUCUUCUGCAACAUCUGGGCAGCGGUGGACGUGCUCUGCUGCACCGCGUCCAUCCUCAGCCUCUGCCUCAUCUCCGUGGACCGGUACAUCGGCGUGAAGCACUGCCUCAAGUACCCGAGCAUCAUGACCGAGCGCAAGGCCGUGGCGGUGCUGCUCGUGGUGUGGGCGUCGUCCACGGUCAUCUCCGUGGGACCGCUGCUGGGAUGGAAGGAGCCGCCGCCCGUGGACGACAGCGUCUGCCGGAUCACGGAGGAGCCCGGUUACGCGCUCUUCUCCUCCCUCUUCUCCUUCUACCUGCCGCUCAUGGUCAUCCUCAUCAUGUACUUCAGGGUCUACGUGGUGGCCCGCAGGACCACCAAGAGCCUGGAGGCGGGCGUCAAGCGCGAGCGGGACAAGUCGAUGGAAGUGGUCCUCCGGAUCCACUGUCGCAGCGUGCUGGAGGACGCGCGCGCGGCCAGCUCCAAGUCCAGCAAAAACCACCCGUUCCGGAGCUCGCUGUCGGUGCGGCUGAUGAAGUUCUCCAGGGAGAAGCGGGCGGCGAAGACCCUCGCCAUCGUGGUGGGGAUGUUCAUCCUCUGCUGGCUGCCGUUUUUCUUCUUCCUGCCCAUGGGUUCUUUCUUCCCAGCACUGAAGCCCUCUGACACUGUGUUCAAGGUGAUAUUUUGGCUGGGCUACUUCAACAGCUGCAUCAACCCCAUUAUCUAUCCCUGCUCCAGCAAAGAGUUCCAGAGGGCUUUCACUCGGCUGCUCAGGUGCCAGUGUCACCAAAGACAGAGGGUCCUGCGUCGCUUCUAUGACCAGCGGUGGCGGACGGCUGUCAAGGGAAUGACGAGGGAUCAGAGAGCAGACUAUAACCCUGGCUACACUGUGCAUGAACCCUGUGGAAGCUCUUUGUUACACAAGGGGAAAGGGAGCCCGCUGGAUUUCAAGAGAUGGAGUCUUUUCCCACCCCUGCAAAAGUCCUCCUUCCAGCUCAAAGAGAAAGUGAACAAUCUGUCGAAUAAAAUCAAGCGAGGGGGCGGAAAAGGGACGACCGCUGCGGUGGGCCGUAUCGAUAUAGUAGACACCGUCUCUAUGGGGAUAUACAACCCCUGUGAGCGGAACAGUUAUCAGUUCUAUGAUCUGGCAGACUGCUACGGCCUGAAAGAGACUGACAUUUAGAGGAUCACCAGGGAAGCUUUUAUUUAUUUUCAAAGGGACAAAUCUGACCAACGUGCAAGAAAGACAUAAUUUUGUGUUCACAAAAGUAUCUGAGGAUUAAAGGCUGGACUUUAUUUCACUGUUGCAUGGAUAUUACACAGCCCAUAGUUGACAGGUGUACGUACUUUUGGUGAGACAUAUAACAUAAACCAGUAUCACCACUACUGUUUUAAAAAAAAAAAAAUAUUCAUAUUAACCGGUAAACAAAAAAGUGGAAUUUUUUAUUGUUGAUUAAAUAAUGAUACUUCAUUUGCAAUUUUUCAGUUUUGACAAGGCAUUUUAAAGAAAAGGUCAGUAAAGAUGCUGCACAGAUUACAAUUCAACAGUUGGAUUCACAAGUCAACUUUGCAUUGAUUUGCACUUGUUUGAAUAUGACACCAAUCAGUCUACUUGGCCACCUAACUGUAAUUUGCAUUAACAAGUGAGUGCUACUGUAAAAUAUUUUUUCUUAUUUUCUAAUGUUAUAUUUAUGUCAAAUAAAAUAUAGAAUAAAAAGGAGAUCAAA